UCGUCGACGUCGGGGUAGCUGCGGGAUAUACGUCGCGCGCCUUUCGCUCACUCUUGACUAUUACAAAAUUACUAAAUGCUUUUUUCUCAAGAAGCAAAAGAAAUUGAAUCUGCUAGCGGAACUGUGUUAUUCAGUGAUAAUCAUCAAAUUUCCUAUAAUCACAAGUGAAUAAAUCCUCCUACAUAAUUUCUUUGUGUCGCCCAAGGUGUAGAAAGAAUUCAAACCAAUCGAUAGAGUGGGAAACACGUUUCAUAGAAGGAAGCAGAAGAAAGUCCAAAUUCUUCGCCCUCAUCCCUUUUUUCUGCCCAGUGGGACAAUUUUAACAGCACUGAAGCAUGAAUACAUAGAAUUUGUGUAAGACUGCGUGCGAGGACCUGAUGGCCUUUUCCAAGAGAGAUGUUUUUUAGAAGGUAGUGGGCAUGACGGACCGAACUAAUGCAGUGGCGAAAACACGUGCGCAUCAAGUACGGUGGUCGAGUUGGUGUCGGUCAAGGACAAACGGAGCAGGGCCAGCUGCAGGUGCGCGUUGUGCAACUGCAGGGAGAAAGGGGUGGCCGGCUGAGCUACGUCUGUCAUCAAACUCAGCGUCACACCGACAGCCCGACAAUCAUGCUCUGCUGUGGCCGAAGAAAAGAGGGUCGAGGAGAAGUAAUAGACAUAAGUGCAAGUCCUGGACGUCAAGCGCCUGCCAACCAGUUGCGUCCAAAGGAACCCCCUCCCAUGGUCAUCCAAGGGGAUUUCAGAAAAGUAAGUGGGAUAAGUACAGAGAUCUUCAAGCAGAUCGAAACUAUAGAGAACGACCAUGACGCCUCGACGGCCGCUGCCCUCGAAGCCGUUGAGAGACAUGGUGAAAUGGUAGUACGUGUCAUUGAGCUCCGACAAAUGGGUAUACAAGUAAUGGAGGCUGCCAAAAAAUUUCUGGCACUGCAGGCUUCCAAGGAUCCAGUUCACUUUGUCGAAAUCAUGAAGCGCCCUGGUCAAACAUUGGGUUUAUACAUUCGAGAAGGAAAUGGCGUUGAUCGCAAUGACGGAGUAUUCAUAUCAAGAAUAGCACUGGACUCAGCAGUAUAUAGCAGUGGCUGUCUCAAGGUAGGAGAUGAAAUUUUAGGAGUAAAUCUUGUUGACGUGACGCACAGGAGUUUGGAUGAUGUUGUUAUUUUAAUGUCAUUACCGAGGCGAUUACUUUUGUCUACACGACAUGGCUCUCAUCAGCCGGUAUCACACAGUCGACAAACAGAGCACAAAGCCCCACCAGUUGUUGUUAUCAAACGUGAACUUAAUGAUGAUGAAAGUGAUCACGCAACGGGUAAUCAUAUAAGGGAUAGUAAUAGACGGAGAGGUGAUGGCAGAGAAAUGCUUCCAUCUCGCUCCCGACUUGGUCUUACGGGUUUAGGCUCAAGCCAAGAUCUCGGCUCAAGUAAUGGCGACCUCUACUACAACUCAAGACCGGAAGUUGGAUGGUCAUACCAGCCUCCACCUCCGCCCGUCAUCACUAAUCAGCCAAAACCCUCGUCUACCCAACACUUUCAACCAUACGAACGUGGAUAUCCAAAAACAUUGGAGAGUUUGGCUGAGAAAGUUCACUCAUUCUACACGGGUCCCGUCAUGCCAACAAAUGGUAGCCGCCGGAUGUCUGCAGGUACUGGAAUGCAAUCAGUUGGAACACGUCUCACAGGACAGUCGCAAGGCUAUGGCUAUUCUCAGCACACAUCAAGUGGAAGAAUUAUACCACGAAGUGGAUCAGAUCAGCAUUUACCAAGGGUAGAUUAUACGAGCAUUACAACUCCGGCGCGACACACACUUCUCCGAUCGAGUUUAAAAACAGGUUCUUCAGCAUUGAGAUACAGUGGUAGAUACGGUGCACAAACAGACAAUCCAUCAGCAACUCAGAGAAGUCAAAGUCAAUUUGGCACUCUCACAAGACGACAUCGUCCAUCGCUUGACUACGCUUCGGACACUGAAGCAACAUGUUCAAGUUCCCCAAGGUCGGCCUACUAUUACUACCGGCAGAAUAUGAGAGACCCACCACCCAGUAGUGCAGUCUCACACCUGGCCACACUCUCACGAACGCAAAUUGGUCAGAGUUCAACUGGUCUCAGGACAAAUUCACUUCCGAGAAGUGGUAGGGCAUUGCCGCAACAGCCCGGUCUUCGAACUGGUCUUAGUACUGUUGCGUCGGGCCUUAUUGAUCAAGAGGACAGCGAUGGCGCAUUAUCAGCACCUGAAUUACCUUCUAUAAGAAGGGACAGAGGAAGAAUACCUUCUUCACCGAGUGUAUUUACUUCUGACGAAUAUCGGGCGUGGCUGAGUCGCACUCCAAGCACCAGUGCGCUUUACGAGCAGAUAAGGGCAACGACUAAUAGACCACCGAGAUACACGUACAGUGCUGAAAAUAUUCAUGCAGCUGUCAAUCAAGCGGAUUAUGGCAAUUAUGGUGGUUACCGACCUUUGUCAAGUACUCUUGAUCGCCUAUCAACAAGAUCAGCAUCAGCCCAACAGGUUAAUCUUGCUAAUUUGCGUGCUUCCACGGCAAUAAGCUCAACGGGUCAUCGGCCAGUCCCUGGGCCGAGGCCAGCAUCAGUUGCUUCCAGUGCUAGAUCAGCAUUAGCUAGUCAAAAAUCAUCACUAAGCGUUGCAACCAGUCAGCGUGCUAGUUCAAUGAGGAGAAUCCGAAAUUUAUUAGAGUUGGAGCAGACUAGAAAUAUACCCACACCAACGCCAACGAGAACUCAAGAUCAAAGACUGCUAGAUAUUAAUCCUGCAGGUGAAUCUCUUCAGCUCGGUGAGUUCCUCAAAUAUAAAAUAGAGAAACCACCAAAUGUUGGGACACCAAGCUCAACGAGUUCCUUAUUGAGUUCUCUUGGUGAAACUGCUGGUAGCGAUUUUUCAAAUGGUGUUAGUGGUUUACUCUGGGUCCAUUUACUCGCUGGUCGUGGAUUACGUUCUACUACGUCAUCCUCGGCGGCCACAACGCCCUCCACACCAUCUGGCCAGCCUAGUUUAGGUAGUUGCGGUUCAAGAGAUUUAUAUUGCGUGCUCGAGUGUGACCGAGUCCACAAAGCACGAACGGUGGUGCGCACUGGUGACCUAAUGUUCGAUUGGGAUGAGACAUUCGAACUUGAUUUAGUAGGGAAUCGUCAACUUGAUUUACUUGUUUAUUCUUGGGAUCCACAGCAUCGACACAAACUAUGUUAUAAAGGUUCGGUCCACCUUGCAACGCUUCUUAAAGAGUCUCCAGUUCACCAAUUGGCACUCAAAGUUGAACCACGUGGUACCAUUUAUCUCAGACUUCGAUACACCGGUGCUCAUCAGACGUUCAAACGACGGGGAUUACCCGUUAUUUCUUUAGCCACGAGAGUUGCACCACUUUUUGGUGUUGACCUCGAUACAGUGGUAAGUCGAGAAAGUAAGACUGGUGGAGUUCCUGGAGGUGUUUCUACAGCAUUGGCGAUGGCUGGGGCACAGAAUGUUCCAAUAAUUGUGUGGAGAUGUGUAGAAGAAGUGGAGAGAAGAGGCUUGGACAUAAUUGGCUUAUAUAGACUCUGUGGAUCGGCGACGAAAAAACGAAUUCUCCGGGAAGCAUUUGAACGCAAUGCAAGAUCUGUCGACCUUUCACCUGAUAAUGUCCCAGAUAUUAAUGUCAUAACUGGGGUAUUGAAGGAUUAUUUACGAGAAUUACCAGAACCGCUUUUCACAAAGUGCCUCUACCAAAUGAUGGUUGACGCAUUGGCAGUUUGUCUGCCGGACGAUCCUCAAGGAAAUGCAAAACUGAUGUUUAGUAUUCUUGAUUGUUUACCUAAAGUUAAUAGGUGUACACUCAUCUAUCUAUUAGAUCACCUUGCCCUCGUCAUCUCUCAAUGCAAUAAAAUGUCACCAGCAAACUUAGCCAUUUGUUUUGGACCAGUCCUAAUGCUACAUGCUGAAGAUACGAGCCCCCCUCUUGAUUUCCAACAGCCCAUAGCUGUUCUUAAAUAUCUAUUGGAAAUAUGGCCGGUAAAGUCAGUUCGGAAGAUUUCUUCAAUCGGUUCAACAAUUACUCGAGUUUCGCAAGUAGGACUGGCCAAUCAUCAACUUCAACAAUCUCAUCAAUCAUCCCCUCAGUCAGCUCAUCAAUUGCCACCAUCUCAUCAAGCCACAUUGCCGCGAGCCGGGCUGCUCUGGCAGCAGCAACCCUCACAUCAUCAUCAACCCCCUCCGUCAACCAUAACCGAAGACCCCAACCCAUUCGGUAUCACCAUUCGUCCAUCACCUCCGGUCAAGCCGCGUCAGGUGAUAGUAUCAUCCCCAGGCUCACCUAGCAGCGAGGAGUCUGCUUCACCUGAGCCUAUAAAUAACGUUACUCGAAAUGGUAUUAGUAGUUUUGAAAAUAGCGGUGAUGUAACAACAUUAUCCGUGACAAUACCAAUAACGACAUCAACAUCAACAAUGGCAACCCCUACGACAAUUGAACAGAUAACACCAACAAGCAGUAUUGAUACUGAAGAAGGUAAUACAAGACAAUUAGACGAAGGUGAAAGAGGAAUGGAAGCUGAUGUCGAAGGCAGUGACGAUGACCUUAUUUCUAAAAAAAAUAAAUCAUAAUGCUACGACGAAUUGUCAUGAACCGAGUAGAUCCAAAAUCAAUAAUAUGUAUUAGGAAAAAAUUCAAGCAAUCCAUAACCAAUAUUGAUAUUCAAUAUAUUUACCAAUAAUUAUUAUGAAUGAUCAUAAUCAUUAAUAAUAGAUAUAAAAAUGGCGACUAAAUAGCCUUCAAAACAGAGAGUGAAGGCAUAUUAAUAAGCCCUGAAAUAACUAUAUUUCAUUUGAAUGAUAACGCAACUUUUAAAUCAGUAAUAAAAUUUGUCAAUUUUUCAAAUAAUUUUAUGUAUGUACUGAAAAGUUCUUAUUCAUAGCUUUUUGCGAAUUCAUCCUUUACUCUCACAAUUUACAAAGCAUUUUUUAUCCGUUUUUUAUAUAUUUGAGAAUUCAAUGAAAAAUCCCCAAUAUUUGAAUAAAUAUAAAUUGAUCCAUUUCCCAUUUUUUCAAUACUUUUAUAAAACAAUCUUCUAAACAAUUGUUCAAAAAAUUAAAAAGUAUGUUUGACCAUUUUUCGGUAAUUUUUUUUUAAUAUUAUUUUUUUUAUUACUGUCAAUGGAUGUAAUUGCUGGAAAAAAGUGUUACAUGAUGUUUAUUCAAACUUUGAAAAGAUUCUCACUGUUUUGAAAUUUUGUCCUUUGUCAGUGAUUAUUGAUGAUAAUUUUUUAUAAUCGGAAAGAGUACAUAUUUGAAAUUAUUCCUUUAAUGAAGUAAUUGCUAAAUACUGUAAUACAAUACACAGCCUCAUCCGAAUGGUAAAAAACCGGUGUUAAAAUGCUCCCCAACCUUCAAAAUUAAUCUCAUUAUUCUAAAAUUUCAUUGCAAGUAAAUGAAUGUGUAAAAUUUUGAGAAAAAUUUCUCGUUAAUUCUAGUCUACAUGAAAGGCAACGAAAGUUUCGAGAAAUAUUUGAUAAUUAUGCAGUUCUCGGGACAUUAUUACUAAAUAUAGAUACAACGCUGUUGGACAUUAAAAAGAAAUCGUUCUGUACAGUUAAAUCUAAUUUAUUUCAUUAAAUUAUUGAUCUUUUUUCAAAUAUGUGCAAUUUAUAUGAUUAUUGAGGAUAUAUUCGAAAAAUAAUAUGUAUACCUCCUGCUGUAGAUAUCCCAUACUUUCGUGACACUCUAGAUGAUCUCGAAGGCGCGUAACUAGAAAUAAUUGGUUUAAUAUGUCGAGUACUUGAAAAAUUUCUAACAGCGUUGGCCAUUACGAAACGCAAUUUAUUAAAUAUACACGUAGUGAAAUCGUUGAUUGCAAAAAUGAAAAACGUAGCGGGAAAAUGAAAUGAAAAAAUUAACGAAAGUAACGAAAAAAUAUUAACGGUCUUAAGUAAUCCAACGAACCGAAAAAGAAGCGUUUAAACAUAAAAAAAAAACAUAGGACCUCACAAAAAGUUUAAUAGAGCUAUUGUAUUCCAUUCCGACAUAACAUAGCCCUUCAAGUUUUCGUAUUAUUGCUAUUUUUUCAUCGUAAAAUGUAAGUAGACGAUGGGAAAAUGAAAAUUAUAGGAAACGUUUUGAGGCAAUAUGUCAAGUCGAUAGUUGAUAGAAUGGCUCAAGAACAUGAGAUUAAAAAUCGGCAAGUACUACUAAUGAAACAAUACCAUACGGUGUUGUAUGAAAUGACCGAUACUUUGUAAUGAACAAAAACAACUGGUGGAAAACAUACAUGUGCUUUUUGAUAACCAUUAUUGAAUGUUUGGAAAUUUGCUAAACACCGCUACACAAUCAAUAAUAUAACGGGAAUAAAAUACUGAAAGGUAAAUCGAGAGAAAAAUAUAAAAUGGUCACGAAUUAUAUAUCUCUAUAAUACAUGUAUAUAAAAUAUGUACAAUAAGAAUAAAGGGACAAAUGAAAGAAUGAUAUCCCAAAGAAAAAAAAUAUUCCGCCACAAAAUACACAAAAUAGUUGAGAAUAUCACAAUCGUUGAGUAUUUAACGUUAGAUAUGUGUGUGAAAUCACCGAAAUGAUAAUAAAUAUAUUAUAUUGUAAGAAGAACAACAAAUGUUUUACCAUUAACCGUAAUAGCCAGUAUUAUUAUGCGUUCUAAAUAAGAAAUAAAAAAGAAAUUAAUUUAUUUGCAAAUCAAUCCAAAUGAAAAAUGAAUUAAAUGAAUUAAAUUUGGCACAGUUAGUUUUAAUGCAGAAGAACAAGAUAAAGAAUAAGACAUAAUAACAGAUAAAGUGUCAUUGUGCAACCAAUGUGUAUUAUUAUUAUUAUUUUGUAGCCAUUGGCAAUUAUAGUAAUGAAACAAGUUGUGAAUAUCUUUUCUGAAGUGCGUCGUGCGGGUUACAAAUACUCGGCUUAUUAUUAUUUACUUGUCAUAGUUCAACUUUAACUAAAUCUUUUUUCACUAUAAAGUCUUGAAUGUUAUGAUCAUUGAAAUAAAUUUUUCCAAUUGAUUUCGAUGAAGAUGAUGGGCUUUCUCUGCAGGUUUAAACAUGGACGGAAAUUGAUAAAAUAAUAGUGAGGGAUUAGCAAAAUGAUAUACCAUCGAGUGAUUUCAUUAUGUAAUACAAUUUUCAAAUUAUUUUUCAACUUAAAAUAAUAAUAAUAUAAACAGUUGAGCAAGGGUUGAUUUUAAAAAAUUAAUAACGUAUAUACGAGAAUGUGCACUGCCGCCAUUUCAUGAAUUAUUAACUAGGAGUAUUGAAACCGUAAAUCUAAAAUUAUAUUCCACAGCCGUAAAAUGUAGCUUGAUUACCAAAUUUUGAUAAUACCCUGUUUUUGUUUUGAAAUAACAAAAUGGACAUAAAACCAGACACACAUUGUCAAUCUGGUUAAAAUCAUGAUGUUAACAGUGGCGAAAGAAACUGACUUUAUGUUGUAAGAAAAAAAAUAAAUAAAAGUAUGCGAGUGAAAGAGAGAAAAGAUAACGAUAAAAUUCGGAUAUGGUUAAAGGCCCUAAUUGCUUGGUGCCACAUUUGGCUCCUGCUAGCGGGAGAAUAAUGAAAAUAUCCUAUUUAUCCGAAUUCUUGGCUAAAAACAUUGUCGAACAAUACAAAAUUCCAUUAAAAACAAAAGAUCAGAGUAGAUAACAUAAUAAAACUGCCACAAAAAGAGAAAUAAUAGAUGAUUAAUCUCUCAAUUAGGGAAAAAAAGGAACUGCAGAUAGUUUAUGAAAAGUCCUAACCUGAUCGUAUCACGAUGAUAAACGCACAUAUUUGUGAAAAAAACUAUAAAUAUAACUUUUUCGUUACGGAAUACAUGUCAAUGAAUAUGUCAUAGAUUUUGAAAAAUUAACCAAAGUUUUCGAUUUACGAGAGAGCUUUGGCCUCAGAUCAAAAUCUUGAUUUUAACAAAUUCAUUGACCAAUUAUUGCCUCUUUUCAUUUAUAAGUCGAAACAAUGCUAGUAUAUAAUUGCAAAUAAUUGAAACAAUUAAAUAACUAGUAAUAAUUGACAAUAUGAAAUUUCCUCCUCAUUCGUCCAUAAAUUUUGAUCUUGCACCGAUGAUUUUUCAUGAAAGGCUUUCUCAAGCUUUAACUCAUAAUAUUUUUAACGUAUGCUAAGUAUUCCAAAACUCAUAAUCAUAAAUGCAGUAAGGAUAAUGAGAAAAAAGAGAGGGAGAGCAUUAUAAUUGCUGAAAGUUUAAUCAAAUUUUCAUUUUCAAGCGAUUCUCGGCAAUAAAAUAUAACUACCACUAAGCCUUUUUUUUGCGCAAGACUUCAAAUCCCUUUGCUCAUUUAGAAAUCCAUUUCUUACUUUUAAAUUACAGUAAGUAUAUGAUCUUUUCCGUCGACUCUAGUUUUGAGGUUGACAUCGCAUUUUAAACUCAAAUAACUUUUGUACCACGCUAGAAUUCUUUACUCCAUUGCUCAUCAGAUCAUAGCCAUACGAAAUUAAUUUCUUCAUUACCUCGGAAAGGGAGAUUAAAUUUUUCAAUCAAAGAUUUGAGUCGUUCUUCAACUUACCAUAUAUAUUAUGAGUUUUGUAACACUCUAUUUAAUAAUAUACGAUGGACCACGUUUGUCAUACGCCGCCAUUUAUAAAGAAAAAAAAAAAGAAAAAAACAAUCAUAAAAUGAGAGCAGUAUUAGAAAUGAGUAUAAAGCAAGCGAGGUAAUCCAAGAAUAAGUACUGAAAAACCAAAUGAAAUAUUCUAAUAAAUUCGUGAACAAUUAAACUAAAUAAGGAACAUAUUGUAAAUGUUUUUCAUCACAAUAAUAUAUUAAAAGAAUAAAAUCGCUUUUAUUAGAAAAAGCCAAUCAACUGGCAAAUACAGCGUCGCGUAAAUAUAAAUUUUUCCAUAUUCAAAGGGGCAAAUGAUAAACUUUAUAAAUUUAUGAGAUCGUAUGCUUGAAUAAAAGACUAUUGAGAAUUCUACGAUUGAUUGAUGUAAAAAAAUCCAUGAUAUCCAGCUUUUUAUACGUGCCUGCUCCGCCCCAGCAAAAAAAAAAAUUCUUCCAAAUACAUAUCUCCGAAUUUUAUCGAUUGCAAUCAUGUUUUAAAAAUUUGAAUGAUUACAACAUUGGAUGAAAUCAAAGUGUUUCUUAAGCAUUAAAAUAAUGACUGUUCAAAGAUGCACAACAAACAAUUAUUAAUUCAUUAUGAUAAAUCAUUGCCCAUCCUUAUUUUCUAAUGUGGGAAUGAAUUGGAAAAUAUAAUAUUUCCGAUUACAUAUCGGUGAUGGUCAGUGAAAUUUAUUGAGGAAGUUUGAAGCUUGAGAAAAAAAAGGUACAAUUCUCAGCAAUUAGACAAAUAAGAGAACAAUGUUAGUUAGCAACGUAUGACUGUUGGAUUAGGUGAUCGUUAAUUUUUCGCAUUACUGUGAAUUUUUGUGUAUUUAAAAUUCCUUUAUUUCAUGAGGCGUGAAAAAAUACAAACAUUGGUCACUAUAUACGAGACAUACUUUGUUUUAUAUACAUAUAAAACUUUGUUGUACUACCUGCCGAAAAAGUCCACUCUUAGAAACGGUUUGAUUUGCCAAAAUCAGGUAUUUUAUCGCAUGAUGCGCAUAAAAUUCACCAGGAUGCGCAAAGCUUGGUCCGAAUGUUACGCAUUUUGUGAAUAAAAACAAAAAAAUUAUCAGGACAACUGUCCUAAAUAUUUACCCCAGAAGGUAACGCCGUAAGUGGAUCUUUAUGUAUAUGUAUAUUAGUGCCACAAUGUAUUAUUUCAUUGCGAAUAUAGACAGAAUGAUAGCUCUUUUGAGAAUAACAUCAAUCUAAAAAUUGCCGAAAAAAAUAACUUAUUGUCAAUAGAUAAUUCAUCUUUUUUUCUUUUUUCAAUGAAAUUUGGACGUUAUGGAAUGUUGUCGAAGACUCACUAGAUGCAAUACUGAGCCAUGAAUAAACUGAUGGUGAAUGCAUGGUCCCACAAAAAUAAUUAAAGUCGCAGGGUCGAAUAUAGUGAGCAUACUUUACUGAGGGCUAAGAAUAGCAGUAGAUGCCAUAUUCAUUAGGCAUAGAAUAUCCCACAUAUCAUAGAAGAGAGGUGGAAUGAAUUUAAUUGAAUUGCACAUUAAUAUAGGCCUACUGCUGAUAUCUUUUUCCUAGCCUUAACCACUUGAAGGAGAUAAAUGGAAUUCAAUAUAGUAAUUAGCAAAUGCCGACCUGAAAUAAAAUAAUAUUAUUCAAUCCUUGAAUUAUGAGACUCAUCAGUAACUCACAUAUCGGAACUAAACAAAGCAUAAUUUUGUCUUAUAUUUGGAAUUUUGUUCACUAGAAAAGAAUCGGCAUCAGACAAUUAUGAAUGACAAUAAUUAACACACCGGCAGCCUAUUGCAUUUAUUUGGAUUCCCACUGCGGAAAUCAGUCAGUAAAUCAAGAAUACAAAUAGCUCUUUUCCUGUUACAAGCAAUUGAUGGAAAAUGCUUAUUUGAUGGUUUUCCCUCACGACCUUUUAAAACUUAUCUAUACACUAUUCGUCGCUUCACCAUAUUAACAAACUAUUAACAAACAAGAUAGUACGAGAAUGGAUGGGUAAAUAAAAUUGGCAAUAAAAAGUAGGGCCUACUGAUUAAAAUUAUUCAAGAUUGAAAAUAAUUAAACCCGAUAUGAGAGAGACUCAUUCUCAUAGAGAGGAAAGAGUGAAAGAUCAUUUAAGGCGCAGAAUUGCCUAAUAAACUUCAUAUAUCACAUCAAGUAUCUGCGACAUAUUCACAUUAUCAUCGUCAUUGCCAUCACAUGUGCAAGGGAAAAACAUGAUCAUGUAUGAGUCAUACAAAUUUAAUGAAAUCCAAAAGGAAACUGGUCUAUAUCAACUUGCAAAAGAAUCAUUAAAAGUAAUACAGCUAUAAUGGGAAAUUAUUGAUUUUCAGUUUGCACCACGUAUCGCAUCAACUUAGUAUUAUGGUCGAACCUGUGGAUAAUGAAUAAAUGGUAAAAGAAAAAAUCAAGAAAAUUAAAUCAAUGCAAUAUACUUACAAUAUUCUUUGACAGAGACGACAAUUUAAAUUGUCAUUUCCUGACACGAUAAAAACAUAAUAAUAAUGAUUAAAAGAAUAAAUAAUCGUGGCAAUGAAAUACGAAUUAUCGAUAUAAUCGAAAAAACGACUACAAAUACUACUACUACUACUACUACUACUACUACUACUACUACUACUACUAUUACUAAUAACAAUAAUAAUAAUAAUAAUAACAAUAACAAUAAAACGUUAGAAUGAUAUGAAAUCAUUGUAAGUUGUGAGAUACGAAUCAAUUGUACAAUGACUGCAUGUAGCACAUGAGGUGAUUUAAAUGCAAGACCGGGAAUAAAAUUUUUAAAAAGUAUGAGACAAGCCAACAUUAGCAGAGAUACAUAUGUAUAUCUAUUAGGAUAUUUAGAAAAAAAAUUGCAUUUCCAUGAAAAGAAAAAAUGAAAUAAGAUAAAAUAAGUGAGAAACAACACUGAGAAAAAAAAUAAAGAAAAAAAGUACUGCCACUUAUGAGUAAUAUUUCUACACAGUACUAAUGUAAUGUAACGAAAGAAUUUACAUAUUUAAAAAAACGGAGAUGAGGAAAUAUGAAAAUCGAUCCACCGAUCGCUCCGAAGUAAAAAAAAAAUGAAGACAAAAAUUUUUAAUAACUAACGAGAGAGAACCAGAAGUAGAAAAAAAAUUAUAUAAUGUCAAAAAUUUACGCAGAGCAUUGAUGAGAUGGAUAAAAAAAAACUUUAGAAUAAAAUAUAGUGGUUGGUAAGGAAUCAUAACAAUAUGACAGAAAUAUGAAGAAGAACAAAACCGUUAAAAACUCAAAUGCCUGUUGGAUAUCAUAUACCUGGUAUUGUAUAGCAAAAAAAAAUCAAUAAACAAUAUAAUGGAGGGCUUAGAGACGAUGACGAGUGCUCUUAUAAUUAGUCGAUUGUCAUAAUGUGUAGUAAAUAGAAUCGCGUGAGGGAAAAAUGAAAAAAUAAAAAAAAUGAAACGAAAAUAAUAGUAAAUUUCAAUACAAGAUGUAGUUAAUAUCGUUAUUUCGUUGAUUGUUUUUCAUAGAAUUUAUUAAAUACCGUCUCCACGUCUCGUGCGAAUUAAUGGGCGGACCGUUGACGCGAGAACUUGAAAAAUAAAAGUUUGUGUAUGAAGAAAAUCUCCAGCGCAUAAUAGGAAUUUGGGAAACGGUGCUACUUGAUGUAAUUAAAUGAAUAAACAUUAACACUAGAUGUAUUUGUAAAAAAAAUCAAUAAAAAUAAGAUGUCAAGAUAAUGAAUUAGAUAACUGCUAUUAUCGAAAAUAAUAAUCGUUCACGCUUGAUAAAAAUUCAGUCAAUAUUAACCCGAAUAUACCGGCUUAUCCGUAAGUAAAUAAAAUUAAUUGCUAGUGACUAAUAAAGAUGAAUGAAUUUACAAAAAAUCAACAUGCUAGUCAAUUUGUCAUAUAAUAAAUUGAAGCUCAUUUUGAUCCGCAAUUAACUAAUUAUGGUAUAAUUAUCUUUCCGUUAUUUAAAAAAAUAUAUUAUUGAAACAAAAUAUUAGAACCUAGCUUUAAACGACCUUAUAAAUACAUUGUUCAAUUGAUAAUUACAUUGAAAAUAGAAAUCCAUUCGAAGAAGAUUAUUAUCCACUCUAUUUAUUUGCCUUCGAAAAAUUGUUAAUAAUCUAUUCUUCGUUGUAACCAUAAAUAGUGAUUCCAGUGCAAUUAUUUUGAUGCCCCAAAUGAAUGGAAUAACAGAAAAUUCUGACACAGAAAGAAAAUAUAGCGAAAACUCGUCACGAGACGGGGUAGCGGGCACCCAUACGAGUAUUUUUCUAAGUUGCAAAGUAUAAAAAAUUAUUGAAGUUGUAUUAAUCGUUAUUAGACUAAUAUUAAAAAUAAUACAAGGAGAAUGUUAAAUUACUUCCAGAACGCUCGGUGGAUUGAUUCUUAAAAUUGAACCAUACAAUUAUUAAUUUAAUUGCUAAGGAGAAGGUUAAUGAGAAUAAAGAGAGAAGGUGAAAUAUCCGCAAUUUGGCGGGAGUGCAGGACACGGAAGGAUUAAAAUGUUAAAGAGGCAGUGGUCUACGGUCACAUUAAAAGAAACUUAGCAUAUGAGUAUAAACGUGAAUGUGAAAAUAAGCGAGAUAAAUAACCGAAAGCAUACAAAUCAUAUGUAUUGGAAUAGACUAGAAAAAAGGGGAUUUGAGAAAAUCUAUCAUUCACCUCACCUAUAAUGUAUGAUGUCAUAUAAUAUGCUGCCAUAACGUAUAAAUGUCUACACUAAGGAGUAUAUAAGAGAAAAGUAAAUAUGUUAUAAUGAG